AUGUCGCAGCCAAGAAUAAUUUUGUGUACCAUUGCCUGCCUUGCCAUCCUGCAGGGAUGUGUUUCCUUCAGUGUUUCUAGUGGGUAUCUUCUCCAGCAGCAAAAACCAGCAGCAUCCUGUCUUUCCACAGGACCUCUGCUAGCGCGCAAAAAUCGACGAUCAGACGAUUUCGAGGAUGAUUACGACGACGAGGAUUAUGAUUACUAUGAUGACGACGACGAUGAUGAUUACGACCAACCCCCCAGAAGACGCCGCCGUCGUCGACGCCGCGACGAUUUGGGAGAAUACGCACGAGGCCAGCAAGAUCAAGGUCUCAACGUACCGUCAUCUUUUGGUCGACGCCGCGGGUGGCGUCUCCCCGAAUCCGUUUCCAAAUCUCUACUAGCCGGUGUCUUUGUGUUGGGAAUUGGUCUGGGUGUCACGGUCGAUUCGGCAAUCAACACCAAUCCAAAGGAUUUGGCUUCCAGAGAUGCCAUUGAUCAGGCCGCG